AUGAACGCCGCCGCCGUCGCCACCACCUUCGCCUGGAGCACCUUCGCCGCUCCCCUCAGGCUCCGCGUCACCCGCGGCGCGUUGAGGACCGCCCCCGCGCGCGCUCUGCCUCGCUCCGCGCGUGCCGAGGCCAAGCUCAUCGACGGCAAGGCCAUCGCCGCGGACGUGCGCGAGGAGGUCCGCGUGGGCGUCGCCCAGAUGAAGGAAAAAAUCGGCAAAGUUCCCGGCCUCGCCGUGGUGCUCGUCGGCGAGCGCAAGGAUUCCCAGACGUACGUCAACGCGAAGAAGAAGGCGUGCGCCGAGGCCGGCAUCGACUCCUUCGGCACCGACCUCCCCGGCGACGCCACCGAGGAGGAGGUCCUCAAGGUGGUCGCCGACUACAACGCCGACCCGAACGUGCACGGCAUCCUGGUGCAGCUCCCAAUGCCCGACCACAUCGACGAGGAGCGCGUCCUCGGCGCCAUCUCCUACGAGAAGGACGUCGACGGAUUCCACCCGCUCAACACCGGGCGUCUCGCGCAGCGCGGCAGGGAGCCCCUCUUCGUCCCGUGCACCCCGCGCGGGUGCAUCGAGCUCCUGGAGCGCUCGGGGAUCGAGAUUGCGGGCAAGGAAGCCGUCGUCGUGGGCCGCUCCAACGUCGUCGGCAUCCCCGCCGCGAUGCUCCUGCAGAGGCGCGACGCCACCGUGACCAUCGUGCACUCCAGGACGCCCAACUCCGAGGAGAUCGUGCGCAGGGCCGACAUCGUCAUCGCCGCCUGCGGCAGGAUGGAGAUGGUCAAGGGCUCGUGGCUCAAGCCAGGCGCCGCGGUCAUCGACGUCGGCAUCAACGCCAAGGAUGACCCCAGCAAGAAGUUGGGGUACAGGCUGGUGGGCGACGCGGACUUCGAGUCGUGCAAGGAGGUGGCCGGCGCGAUCACCCCCGUGCCCGGCGGUGUCGGUCCCAUGACCAUCGCCAUCCUCCUCAAGAAUACCAUGGAGGGGGCCAUGCGGGCCUACGGGAUGAUGUAG